AUGUCCUCAACUUCUCGGACCACCAUUGCUGCCGCUGCAGGUGCAGCUGCCCUCUUCAGUGGCGUCAACUUUGUGUCUGCGCCAGCCACCAGCAAUCUUCGAGCCACUGCGUCUACCGCUGCCGGAUCUACUCCCAGCCUGGAGGCUGCUCCUGGCAAGACUGCCUCUCUGGCCGUCGCUGGUGUCGCUGUGGCAGCUUUGACCGCCAGUGGUCGGAAGGCGCUUGGUAGCAUCAAGCCACAGCUGGUGACGCUGAGCGCCUUCGAGAACGAGUUGGGUGUGCAGGCGCCCGUGGGUUUCUUCGACCCUUUUGGACUGACCAAGGAUGGAGACGUGCAGGCCUUCAAGCGCCGCCGCGCAACAGAGCUGAAGAACGGACGUGUGGCCAUGUUGGCCACCAUGGGCUACAUCGUCCCGGAAUACUUCCGCUUCCCAGGAUACUGCUCUCCCACUGAAGGGGUGAAAUUUGCUGACGUGCCCAAUGGCUUGGCAGCACUUGGGAAGGUGCCUGCAGCUGGGUGGACACAGAUCUUCCUCUUCCUUGGUCUGGUGGAGAAGGGAAUCUACACUUAUGAUCCUACUCGUUCCCCUGGCGACUUCAAGAGUGCAGGUGUGCUGGGCGCGCCCAACGGCAGCACAAUGGUGCCUGGUGAGGGACGCACUCGCAAGCUGAACUCCGAACUCGCCAACGGGCGCCUGGCAAUGAUGGCAAUCAUUGGCAUGUUUUUUCAGGAUGGCCUCACUGGCUCUGCCUGGGGGGAUUGGGCAGCGUACACCGAUUCCCCUCUGAGAGCCUUCGAGAACGAGCUUGGUGUCCAGGCCCCAGUGGGCUACUUCGACCCCAUGGGCUUGGCCAAGGACGGGGACGUGAAGACCUUUCGCCGCCGCCGGGAGAGCGAGCUGAAGAACGGCCGUGUGGCGAUGUUCGCCACUAUGGGCUUCAUCCUGCCGGAGUACUUCCGCUUCCCUGGCUACCUCUCGCCUGCGAAGGGGCUCAAGUUCGCUGAUGUUCCAAAUGGCUUGGCAGCGCUCUCCAAGGUGCCUUUGACUGGCUGGAUCCAGAUCUUCCUCUUCUGUGGCAUGGUGGACUUCGGCCUCUACAGGGCAGAUGAUUCUCGGGACCCUGGAGACUAUGAGAACCUCAGCUGCGGCAAGCCACGUUUGUGUACGUUGAAUGGAAGAUCGCGGGAUAUCGCACAUUUGCGCUUUAACCGGGAGGCAACCAAGUUCGGAUUUUGCCAUCCAAGUUCGGACAAAGUGAUAACAUAUUAA